AUGUCGCAACGGUUUAAAAAUAUUUACCAACAAAAAUAUCGUAAUUUCCAUAAUCAGCGACAUCAUCAACAAAAAAAAGUGAAAAGCAAUGAUGACUCAUCUCAAAAAAUUUCCACUGGAAUUUCAUUUUCUUCUUCAUUAACACUGUAUAAAGAGAAGGAAGAACAGCGGCAGCAGAAUACAGAUAAUGGAAUCAACAAUCAAAGCAAUGAUAUUCAUAAAGACCAUUUAAAAGACGUACAAGAAAGAGAAAUGACAAAUCGUAAUAAUUAUUAUAGCAACGAACACAGGCUGGAAGAACGUGAAAAAAGAGACACGAAGAGACAGAAUAACAAAGAAGCAGUGAGAAUGGAAUCGAAAAAUGUUCGAUUCAACACAUACACAGCAUCAGCCACAUUAACCAGCUCUGGUUCAUCAUCAUUGUUAUUAUCAUCUGCAUCUGACACAAACAUGAAAGAUCAUUUUGCGAACUCAAACGACUUGGAAAAACAAGAAAUAAAAGAAAAGUUGAUGCUUUUAGAGAAAACACACCGUACCAAGGAACAAGAAAUACGCAUUAAAAAACAAGAAUUAAUUUGUAAAAAAGAGAAAUUACUAAAGGAAGAAAAGCAAUUGAUGGCUAUGGAGGAUCAAUUGAUGUUGGACAAGGAGAUAUGGAUGGAUCUACAUGAUCGAUUUUCCAAGUUUGAACUGUCAGAGCACCAGAGAUUAAAUAAACAAAAUAAAGAAGAUGAAAAUGAUCACUCCAAGUCUACUAAUAAUAGUAUUAUAAACCGUUUUGAUGAUGAUAACAAUAGUGAUUCUAUUUCUGAUGAUAGUAGUACUAUAAGUGAUUUAUUUGAGGAAAGGAAAAAACGAAAAAGGAGAGAGAAAAAAUCGACUUCAUCACCAUCAACCUCGUUGAACAGAAAUAUUCACUCUGAUAAUAAAAAACCGAAAUAUUCUUCGCUUAAAAAUGCACGACCCCCACCAAAUUCUGUUGCCUCCGCUUCAAUUAUUAAUCACAAGCCAAAACAACUUACAACUACCACUCAGCAAUCCUACAAUCGUCCAACUCGUAGUUCCUCUGCGAAUUCUCAAACUCAAUCCACCGUUAUACUUCCUAAUUGGGCAUCAGAAAUGUUGGCUGAACUUGAUGAACCUUCGAAUAAUACUGGAGACUCACGAAACAUCAAUUCAAUCACAAAGAAAAGUCCCAACAAUAUUAAUGGUCCGCGAAGUUUCUCUAAUUCGAUCUCUACUAUUACGCCAUCUACUCGUAUUCCUGUAAAGACCAAUCGAAUGCUUACUAUUCCUACUCCUACUCUUGUAAAGACCAAUCCAAUUCUUACACCUACUCCUGUAAAAACAAAUCAAACUCUUACUAAACCUACCCCUGUAAAACCAAAUCAAACUCUUACUAAACCUACUCCUUUAAAGAUAAAUCCAAUUCUUACUACUACUCCUCCUGUAAAAACCAAUCCAAUCCUUGCUACUACUCCUCAUCAGCCUCAACCACUACCUCUUUUUCCUCUACCGCCACCUCUUUCUAUUCCUCGUACCGGUGAAAAACCUGUACUUGAUUCAAAGACAUCAUCACCAACAUCACCAACCAUUAAUAAAGAUUCAAAUAAAUCAUCACCAACAUCACCAACAUCACCAGCAAUCGAUAAAGAUUCAAAUAAAUCAUCACCAACAUCACCAACAUCACCAACAACUAAUAAAGACCCAGAUACAUCAUCAUCAAUAUUAACAGCAAAUAAUGAAUUAUCCAAUCCAAUUACACCCAAUGAAUCUACCCAAAGUUCUAACUCUCAAUAUGAAUCUUCUACUCCGAAACAAAUCUCUUUUGCAAAUUCUUCGUUGUCUUCGUUUUAUUCUUCACGUGAACAACCACCAUCACCUUUGACACCAUUACCUCCAUUGCCAUUAGAAACACCAGAGAAAAUGCCUUAUCGAAGAUUAAGUUGGACAAAUGUAUCAUGGAAAGAACUACAACAUGCUUGUAACGCAUAUAUAGAAACUAUUUCUCCAUGUGAUUUACUAGUAUCAGCGAAAUACACAUGGAAAACUUCAAUACCACAUGUUGAAAGUUUCCAUUUAACUAAAUUCAAAGAAUUUGUGGAAAAUAAAUAUCCUGGUUUACUCAAGGAUAUCCCGGAUCCCCAUAUUAUUAAAUUGUUUCAACGUUUCCACUUAUCUAAAAGAACAAUUAUUAACCGAAAAAAGAGAAUUGCAAAAAGUAAGGAAGUGUUGUUUUCUCAUUUAAAUCAUUUAAAUAAAUCAAAUAACGACGAUGUUAAUAAUUCGGAAGGCACUUCAAAAUCUGAAACCAUGGAAUCAAAUACUCAGAAAUCAAUCAAGCAAGCAGAUAAAUCAGAAGAUCUUAUUAUAAUAUCCGAUGAGGAGGAAAUUCUAAUCGAAUCGUCUUUUCCCGUCACUUCAGAUCGACAAAUACAAAAAAGACCAGACGAAAUGUUGGAUACUACAAAUAAAAAUACUAUGACGGGAGCAACUACAACAAUAUCAAGCGCUUCACUUUUAUUCGAGGAAGAGGAUGAAACACUUGAUGGAGGCUGGGAUUUUGAAGAGGGGGAAGAUAUUGAAGAAAAAUUAGAUCCAGAAGAGUUAAUUGAUGAUUAUGACGAAGAUCUUUGGGUAUAA